GGGGGUGGAUCAAGGGCCAUGGCUCCGGUGUCGGGGGGCCGGGCACUGGCGGCGGGCAUUGCGCUUUGGAGCCCUCGUUGAGUCCCGAGAGUCCAGAGCCUAGGCUUCCGCGGUAGUCCCGGGCCGAGCCGGCGGCCCCGCCUACCACCGUGAGAGUCUCGGCCUGGCUCCGAGGCAGGCCCGGCCUGAGCCUCGGAGAGCCCUGCGCAGCUCGCUCGCUGUUGGGGCCAGGCCCGGUGCCCUUGCCCCGCGCUACUCCCCGGCUGGGGUCCUCGGGCCCCGGCCGCGGCCUGCCAAUAUCCGCCCUGGAGCCGCCGCGCCCGAUACUGCCCCCGGCGUCUGAGGAGUCCAGCUGGGCUGAGAAGCUCGACUCACUGCUUCAGGCCACGGACGGCAAUGUGGCCCGGAUCAAGCAGCAGCGUCUCUGCCCCCUUGGGGUCUCUUCACCUGCUGAUUCAAGCCUGGCUCCUUCUGGGUCCUGGAUGCCCCAUUCUAAUUCCGAAGGGGAACCCCCUCGCCAGGUCUGGACCCUGGAGCCCCCUCCUGAGGGGCAGGGCUGGGAUGACGCCUGUUUCUCCUUGUCGAUGUGGGAUGAAAUUGCCACUCUUCGGAGCCAGCUGCGGACCCAGGCUCAGGUAACAGUGCUGGUGAGUCAGGCUGUACAAGGCCUGAUGGAAGACAGGGAGCGUCAGAGGCGUCAGAUUGAUGAUCUGGAAGAGGAGCUGGCCCGGCUACGAGGGGCACCUGAAGGGCGAGCAAGGUUGGAGCAGCGAGUGGAAGACCUGAACUCCGAGCUGCAGAGCCUACGUCGGCAACUGCAGGCCCGUCCCGGGGAAGCCGGUGUGACCGCCCUCUUGCGCCAAGAGCUGCAGAAUGAUCGCCAGCUGCUGUGGGAGGAGUACGAGGCUGUUCGAGGGGAGCUGAAGCUAAUGCGGGAGCAGCUGGGCCAACAGCAGGAGUUGCUACUGAGGCAGAUGGCUGAGGCCAGGCAGACCCAGGGGCGGAGCUGGAAGAUGUUGGAGCAGGUGCAGAGUGAUCAGGAAGGCCACGGCCGGCUGGUAGACGCUGUCAGGGUGGAGGUCCAAGAUGUUCGGCAGGAGAUCGAUCUUGUCAGGGCCAUGGUGUGUUCUCUGCAGGCCCAAAUCCGAGGGGAUCCCCCAGCCCGGCCAGACUCUGCCAUCUCCAGCUCUGACCUGAGCCUCCUAGACAGUGACAGUAGCUGGGAUGUACCUUCUCGAGAGCCAGCCAUGCCAGCAGACCCCCAGAACAACACUGAAUCCAGCACCAUGUCCAGCAUGGAGCCCAGCACGUCCAGGCCUGUGAGGAGCCCCCAGACAUCAGACCGGUCCAGCAAGCUGCUCCUCAGCGACCUCUGAAUGGGCCGGCCAGCUCUCCAUGCCUCAGCCUGCUGAAGGACAAAGCAGAGUCUUCGGGCAGAGGGAGGAAGAGCAGACUGAAGCAGCUCAUUCCUUCCCCCAGGGAGAUUUCUUGAGGGGCCAAAUCCCUGCACUCUGCUCACUGGCUCCCCUCUGGUCCUCCUCAUCUCCCCCAGGAUGCCUUCCUUUCCCCUAUCCUCUAAAUCCAGAAUAAAAAGUGUUAACUAUA